AACACACAGAGCAGAUUGAAGGAUUUCAUUCAAUGUCAAUUGCCAAACCUUUAAAUGACAUGUUAAAAUGAAAUAAUAUACAUUACGGCCAAAAAUAAGACUUAUACACAAAGAGACCGAAAAGAAAGGACAACAGCGACAGCAUCGCAGACAAAGGCUGGAACCUGUGUAUAGACACCUUGUCUAUCUGCCCAUCUGUGGUUCUGUGGAGAAGCUGACCUCUUUCCUUCAAGAUAUACAGUCUACAACCGACCUUCACCUCGUCCCCUGCCACGUGAUCUAAGUGGACAGAUGAUAUUGCCACCUCCUAAAACUGUUGCCACAAAGACAGCGAGGAGGAAGUAGACUGGUGCCAAACUGUGCCUCAUAAGUCUCUGAUGCUGGGUAGUGAGAGGUCAGCUGUUUGAGAUAUGCCCUCACCCCCUAAUGAUGGAGACGAUCAAGGAAUGUCCCCCAUGAACAUGCCACCGACACUGUCCAAUCAGAAUGGAGUAAAGAGGAAGGUCCACACCAAGAAGAAAAAGAAGGGUUUCAUCACAGCCAAUGUUGCAGGAACAAAAUAUGAGAUUGUUCGUAUUGUCAUUGAGGAGAUGACCUUUCAUAAAGCCAGAGAUGAUGAUGAGAUGGCCAAUCUGAUCUGGAACGACUCUGCUGUGCAACAUGAGAAAAUCGCUGAGCUCAGGAACUAUCAGAGGAUAAACCAUUUCCCAGGAAUGGGUGAGAUCUGUCGGAAAGACUGCUUGGCAAGAAACAUGUCCAAAAUGAUUAAAAGUCAGCCUCAGGAAUAUAGCUUCAUCCCCAAAACCUGGAUCUUCCCAGCCGAGUGCACGCAGUUCCAGAACUAUGUAAAGGAGCUGAAACGAAAACGCAAGCAGAAAACGUUCAUUGUUAAGCCUGCAAAUGGAGCCAUGGGCCAUGGGAUAUCUCUGAUUCGGAAUUGUGAAAAGCUCCCGGUGCAGGAACACUUCAUUGUGCAGGAAUACUUAGACAAGCCCUUCCUCAUGGAGGGCUACAAGUUUGACCUGAGAUUCUACAUUCUUGUUACUUCCUGUGAUCCGCUACGUGUCUUCCUCUACAACGACGGCCUGGUGCGAAUGGGUACAGAGAAAUACCACAUGCCAAACGAGUCAAACCUGAACCAGCUGUACAUGCACUUGACCAACUACUCCGUAAACAAACACAACGAGAACUUUGAGCGAGAUGAAACGGUGGACAAAGGCAGCAAGCGCUCUAUUGGUUGGUUCACAGAGUUCCUUGGAACCAACGAUUACGACGUGGCCAAAUUCUGGGGCGAUGUAUCAGAGCUGGUGGUAAAGACCCUGAUAGUGGCCGAGCCACAUGUGCUCCAUGCCUACCGAAUGUGCCGCCCGGGCCAGCCACCAGGGAGCGCCAGCGUCUGCUUUGAGGUGCUGGGUUUUGACAUAAUUCUUGACCGCAAGCUCAAGCCCUGGCUUCUAGAGAUCAAUCGUGCGCCGAGUUUUGGGACAGAUCAAAAGAUUGAUUACGACAUGAAGAAGGGGGUUUUGCUCAACGCCCUGAAACUGCUCAACAUCAGAGCCAGUGAUAAACGACGGAAUUUGGCCCAGCAGAAGGCGGAAGCCCAGCGACGACUGUACGGACAGGGAUCAAUGCGGAAACUGACGGCCGGAUCAUCGGAAUGGGAGAAACAACGUCACCUACUAGAGCGCAGGAGAGAAGAGCUGAAAGAAAGACUGGCCCAAGUCCGCAAGCAGGUCUCCAGGGAUGAGCACGAAAAGCGGCACCUGGGGAACUACAGAUGUAUUUACCCCCCAGAGGACAAGCUGCUCUUGGAGAAAUCUGAGAGUCUCCUUUCAGCUGCCUUUCAGACAUUCCUCGCUGGGCGAGCAGCUUCACUUCAAAAGGAAAUUAAUAAUCCACUGAAACGAAUGAAGGAGGAAGAUAUCCUAGACCUCCUGGAGCAGUGUGAACUGGAUGAUGAGAAACUGAUGGGAAAAACCUCCAAACAGAAAGGUCCUAAGGUCCUGUCAUCCAUGCCUGAGAGCAGCCCAACACCCCGAGGGCACAGGGACCCUGAAGACUCCUUGCCCAGUUGCAGCGACAGCAGCUCUGGUUCCGACGCUGAUGGAGAAGAUGAGAGCAGCAGCAUCACGCAAGAGAAACUCAAUCGCCCCGAACGCUCCAGUCGUGUUCAUUGGAAACCUGCCCCUAAACCAAUGCGAGGUCCUUCCUCCUCGCCCAAUCUUUCUGGGCUCAUCCGCCGCUCCAUGUCCUGUCCGCGCUCCAUAUCCUCUCUGACUGCGCAAUCACCUACCAAUGAGACCAGGUGGCCAAAAACAGCCACUCACAUGCCUAAUGCAUCGCCUGCGACAGCUCAAACUGCAGCCACCAUGACGCAGAUGACCUCGAUUCGACCCCACACAGCAUGUCGCUCCCAUUCGCUCAGUAGAAACAGCUCUACAAACAGAGUUCCACACAGCAGCAGUCUAGGUGCCAUUCACCCCAAUACGGCAAGAGGAGAGACCCCGCUGAGUAAAGAGCAGGAGGCCGCGCUGAUGCAGCAGACGCUGGCUGCGCUCGGGGAGAUGAGGAUUCGUUACCCGGGGAAGAGUGAGGAGGAGGCCGAAGCCGUGUUGGAUGAGAUUCUGAACAACUGGAAAUACCAUAAACCAAAAGUGGCGUCUUACUGGCUGGUGAAGUUAGAUGCCACCAAACAAAGGAAGGUUUUGGAUAUUGUUCGUACCAACAUCUGCUGGGUGCUGCAGAGGAUUUGGAGUGAACCGGAUGUGGAGAGUUUACGUCUUUUUCGCCUUUUCAACCACGUGUUUAACCGUCUUCUCUGGAGUCAUGGUCAGGGGCUCUGGAACUGCCUCUCCAGCUCUGGGCCAUCAUGGGAGAGUGUUUUCAGUAAGAGCAGUGAGGUGGUGACCGCGCAGGAGCUGAGGUGCUGCCAGCGUGUCGUCCAGUUGUGUAGAGACUGCCUGCUUGUAGUCUACAAGUUUGUGGCUGACUCCCGUGGUUCGCUCAGUGGACUUAGCCCAGACUGGGAUGACACAAGGUAUCUGCUGCCAGUCACCUCCCAGUUCAUCAUCAAGUGGCCGUCAUCUAGCUUCGGCCGCUCGACGUCCUCCACUCACCCCCGAAGCGUCUUUACCGCACGGAUGGGUCACUUCUGAUGGCCACUGUACUCCGAAACCUGCUGGGGGAGACCAUAUCCAGACUUUAGAUAUCCAGACCUGAGGGCAUAACGUCUGAGACCUUCGCAAACUCCAGCAGCAUAUUUAAGGGGAUUUGCCCAUCUGCAUUGUUAAUGCAUCAGAUGCAUAUGAUCGAGCAGUCCCUGCCUCCUGUUCGCUGUAAAAUAUCUGCUGCGUUGCUAUCUCCUUUAGAAUGCUUGUAAAGAUGAAGAAC